AUGCCAAGUUUCACUCAUACCGCUGCCUGCAUCACCGUGCCAGAGCCGGUCUCUUUACAACUAGACAACCUGUUGCAUAUCUUAAAGGAUACACGAAAAAUCAAGAUCCUCUCGCCUGACCGUGUCAAUGGCCAAGGCGUUCAGCCCACCGAACGAGAAGCGAAACCCCUCCUUGACGAGAUCCAAUACCUAGCCGAUGUUCUUGUGGGCGCAGGUCAUCCAGCGGAUGCCGCAGCCUUUCGGGAUGUACGUGAAUUGGCAAUAUUAUCUACUGAUUUUGGUGGAUUAGGCCUGCGACCAGAUUGUGAAAAUCUCUCUGUACAGGACACAUCUGAGCUACUAUUCUUGAUCUCUGCUCAUCUGGAAGCGGUGAAUUCCGCAGAAAGAGCCAGGUCACAGUUGCAUCCAUUGUCGUGGCGGCCACAGGAACGUCGGGGUAUGACACUGGCCGAAAAAAUCUUUGCCGCCCACGACAUCGACCAGAGGGGUGAAGUCAAACCUGGCGAUGUAAUUAGAGUGGAUGUCGAUUGGAUCUUAGCGUCUGAAUUGUCGUGGAAGGGUAUGGAAAGAUGGUAUGAUCAACUAGGUCAGCCGGGAAUUUAUAGAAAUGACCGCUUCUGGCUCGCAGGAGACCACCUAGUCGAUCCCAGAGUCAUCGAUACCCCGAAGAUCAGAUCAUUUGUCAAAUCUAACGAGCGUGCGAGGAAGGAGUUCAAAAUGACCGACAGCCAGAGGAUGAAUUACACGAUAAUGCAUACAGAGUUUUGCCGUGAGCGAGCCCAGCCGGGCAUGUUUGUCAUUGGAUCAGACUCACAUACCUGCUCCGCUGGGUCAGUCAGCUGCCUUGCGAUCGGCCUCGGGGUGGCGGACGUUAUCUUACCACUAAUUACUGGGGAAACCUGGUUUAAGAUACCAGAGACGGUGGAAAUACGUUUCAUCAAUCAGCCCAAACCUGGUAUAUCGGGUAAGGAUGUGAUCUUAUACGUCUUGAAGGAGCUUAAGCGGAACACUGUUGCGUCAGACCGUGUCGUUGAGUACACAGGCCCCGGAGUGCAGUAUUUGUCCUGCGAUGCUCGUUUUGCAAUCGCAAACAUGACCACAGAAUUUGGGGGCGUUACUGGAAUCUUCGUCCCGGAUGCGAUAACCCAGACAUUUAUCAACCGCCGCGUACAGACUAAGCAUCGAUCCAAUGCAUUAUAUUUUCGGCCUGAUGAUGAUGCUACCUAUGCAGAAACCCAUAUAUUGGAUCUUGCCCAAGUUGAACCGUUUGUGGCACGAUAUCCAAAGCCGGAUGAUGUUGUCCCAGUGACUGAAGUGGAGGGUUUGGAAUUGCAAGGAUGUUUCAUCGGCGCCUGUACCACCACCGAGGAAGAUCUGGUGCUCGCAGCACUGGUUCUUGAGAAGGCGAUGAAACUUGGAGCAAAGCCUAGAAGUUCCGGAAAACGCAAGGUUGUGCCUGGCUCAAUGCCUAUCCUGCAUAACUUGCGAAAACAUGGACUUAUCGACAUAUUUGAAAAUGCAGGGUGGGAAGUCGGAGUUCCAGGAUGCAGCUACUGCGUUGGGAUGUCUGCCGAUCAGGCUGGGAAAGGCGAAAUAUGGCUAACAAGUCAGAAUCGCAAUUUCGAAAAUAGAAUGGGUCCAGGUGCCUUCGGCAAUCUGGCUUCAGCAGUCACAGUCGCGGCAAGUAGCUUUGACAUGAAGGUUACAAACCCGGCAUCACUGCUGAAUCUCAUUGACAUGAGUCGUGUGGAUGCAAUCUUGGACCGAGAAAGCAAACGAGAUUCACCCGUUGGUCCGGACUUCGUCGAGCCUGGAUCGAGAUCAAGUGUGCACAGGACCUCGGAUUGCCAACAGAUGCUUCCAAAUUUCGCCAUUCGAGAGAGUCGCGAAGCCAAGCUCACGCUAAUGGCCAAGAGCAAUUCAUAUCCCAUGCAUAGCGACCUUCAAGUCAACGUAGAUACAGCAACAACAGAGUCGAUCACGCCAAAAGCUCGAAAGCUUGAGAUUGCAUCCUCAAUAAUCAGAGGAAAGGUGGCACGACUAGGAGACUUCAUCGACACGGAUGCGCUGGCCCCGAAUGAGGCAAUAUCGAAGCCGAACAUCACACGAGAACAGCUUGGGACAUAUUGCCUAUACCAUACACAUCCGGAGUUCCGUCGGCAGGUCAGAGAGCUCGGUCACAAUAUCGUUGUCGCCGGCGAAGCCUUUGGCUGCGGAAGCAGUCGUGAGGAUGCAGUCGGAGCUCUACAGGGUGCCGGAGUUCAAUGUGUGAUUGCGAAGAGCUUUGCUUUCAUCUACGGCCGUAACCAGUCUAACCUAGGUCUUCUCGGAUUUGAAAUGAAAGAUCCACGAUUCUGGGAGGUCAUUGCGGAUGGCAGAGAGAUGAAAAUCUAUCUUGAUCGUUCGCUCCUGCAACUGGAAGUGGAUGACAAUGGGACCUACGAGACCUUCCACUUUGGAUUGAGCCCGAUGCAACGGCGACUGAUGGAGUGUGGUGGCGCUGCGAAAGCAUUUGGCCGAUGGGGAAAAGGUCUCUGGGAAGCCUUGACAUCGCAGACGCCAAACCAUGACAUUAAGAAUCCGCUGACUGCUUCGGACUUUGGGACACUGGAAGAGGAUAGAGAACAGGCAAAGCUGCAGUGGUGA